AUGUCUGUGUAUACGCAUAAACCUCCAGCAUCGAAUAAGCUUGGCUUAAAAUUGGACUUAUUAACAUCAAAUUCAGAUGAUGUCAGUAGAAGUGAAAAAGACCCGAAUUCUGGUGUAUCCAGUUUAACUUCAUCGUUAAAUAAUCUUGAACCAAACAAGUAUUCAAAUGCACUAGUGUCUAAUCGCAAAGCAUUAAUGCGUCCUGAUUAUAAAACACAACAGCAGCAUAGUGGUAGUGGGAAAUCCAGCCUGCAAGAGAAACGUUUAAAUUUUCCGCUAACAGAUUUUAUUCACUUGGAUAAAUUUUCAAAGAUAUGUACUAACAAAAACAACAAGAACAACACCAACAGCAGCAGCAACUGUAAUACAGUCGAUUCCAAUACAUCAUUUUAUAUAAAACUACCAGAAAGGCACGACUUCACUGCAUCCACAGCAUCACUGAUUGUACAUGUGCCUAGUUUAUCUUAUGUCAGUGAACAAAUCGACGAUGAUCGAUCAGAUAAUGAUUUUCUACGCUCCGAUAUAAGUGAUACUCAUCGUAGUCGAAAUUGUCCAAUCUGUAAUAUUCUAUAUACAGAUCUACAACAACAAAUUGAUGAAGUUCAGGAUAAAAGAUUUCUUAGCUUAUCAGCAAUCAAUGUAAAUACUGACACUGGUAGUAUUACUAAUAAUGAAAACAGUAGCAUAAGCAGCAGUAAUAAUAAUAAUAACAAUAAUAUUAGUAAUAAUGUGAAUACAUCAAGAUUAUGGGAUAUACUUGAAUCGUUCUCAGCGAAUUCUCCGAGAAAUUUCUGCUAUUUUCAUCAGAAUCUAAGCAAACGCUUCAGUGCAUCCAAACAUAUCAGUCAUAAUAAACCUGACGUCAAUCUGACGACAUCACUUAGUUUACCAUGUUUAACCAGUCUAGACGACAGCAGUAUGAUGAUAACGUCAACUGAGUUUGAAAAUAAUAAUAACAAUCAUAUGUCUUAUACUUUAACAUAUAAUAAGCGCAUUGAGAAUACUCCGUCGAUAUCGAUUGAAAAUGCUGAUCAAGCGGUGACCAAAGGCAACAAUGAUGAUGAUGAUAAUAAUGAUAGUGUUGAUGCUGGCGGGAAUACCGAACAAAACGCUACCACCUCGAGAAUGUCACAUGAAACAGUAAGAAUUAAUUUAUUGAUUCCAAAUACGAAUAAAGUUAGGAAACAUUGUCAGUUAGAGAAUACGAUGAAAUCUAUCCGGAAAUGA